GAGAAACUUCUGUCAGCUAUAUGAUGUCACAUUCUUGUAAAAUACUUUUUCCUCCUUAAUGUUCCUGUUCUGUUGUUAUAUUUGGGAAUGAUAAGUGUGCAAAACAAUAGCAUGGAAUGAAGUUCCAAGUUGGGCAUGGAGAGUGAGUUGAGUGACCAGGAUCGAUUGUCAACCCUUGGAUCCACCCAUCCCAUUGCAUACCAUGUAGGUCAACCUGAGAUGGAUCUGGAUAAGUGGCUUAUCUUCAGCCUCCUUGAUAAAGACUUCCUCGUGUCUCUCCGAAUGGUCUGUGUAUUUGGGACCUUGGGGAAUGAGGCAAUCAUGGUCACAAAGGAUGAAGAUGUCUAUGGGCUUGGGGUGAAUCAGUCUGGCUGCCUUGGUAUUGGUGAUCUGCAUUCCACACUGCUGCCACGAAAGAUAGAAGCUCUGUCCAAGAAAAGAAUUAAAAAGAUAGCAUGUGGGAGUGGGCCUCACCUCCUUGCUUGCACAUAUGAGGGGGAGCUCUAUUCAUGGGGACACAAUGGGUACUGUCAGCUUGGGAAUGGGUCCUCCAGUCAAUGCACUGUGCCCACACUGAUCACAAGCAACCUGACAGAUAAGAAGGUGGCAGAUGUUGCUUGUGGGUCCCAUCACUCUAUGUGCCUUACUGAUGAUGGAGAGGUUUUUACAUGGGGACAAAACAAUUGUGGGCAGGUGGGACUUGGAACCACAGCAAAUCAACCAGCACCUCGUCGUAUAUCAAUCACAACAGGGAAAAAAGCUGUGGCCAUUGCCUGUGGACAGACAUCAUCCAUUGCCCUUCUCGAGUCUGGCGAGCUAUUUGCUUGGGGAUACAAUGGAAAUGGACAGCUGGGUCUUGGUAACAAUGCUAAUCAGCAUCUUCCUUGCAAAGUAACAAACCUUCAAGGUGUCUUCAUCUCCCAGGUGGUAUGUGGCUAUGCACAUACAUUGGCUUUGUCUGAUGAAGGUGUCUUAUAUGGCUGGGGGGCCAAUAGCUAUGGACAGUUGGGUAUUGGGAACAAGUCCAAUCCUUCAGUUCCAACUCGCAUUGCUCCUGAAAUUGGAAGAGUGGUGGAGAUAGGUGCUACGCACUACAAUCACCUGUCGAGUGCAAUGACUCAGGAUGCUCAUGUGUAUAUGUGGGGUCAAUGCCGGGGUCAGUGUGUUAUGAUGCCAAUUCUCACCCCUUUUCACUCCAUCAACUCUGUUUUUGCCACAUUUGGAACUCCAUGUGUCACAUGGACUGCCAUCUCAUUUGAUGUCCAGCCAGUCACUCGAGUACUGGAUGCCCUUCGAUCUGCAUUUGAUGAACCAGAGGGUAGUGAUGUGCGAUUCAUGGUGGAAGGGAAGGUGAUCCAUGUCCAUAAGGCAGUGCUGAAGAUUAGGUGUGAACACUUCCGUUCCAUGUUUGCCACCCACUGGGAAGGAGACACUAAUGAAGUGGAGAUUCUCCAGUUUUCUUAUAAUGUCUACAAGGCCUUCCUUCGCUACUUAUACACAGAUGAGCUGGAUUCAAAUCCAGAAGAUGCAAUUGGGUUAUUGGAAUUGGCAAAUGCUUACUGUGAGUCACAGCUAAAGCUGCAGUGUGAGCGAAUCAUCAAGCAGGGAAUCACAGUAGAGAAUGCAGCUAUGCUUUAUGCUGCUGCCAUCAAAUACAGUGCUAAGGAAUUGGAGGAUUUCUGUUUCCGAUUCGCAUUGAAUCACCUGUCAGAGGUUGUGCAAACGGAGGCUUUCCUUCACCUGGAUGAGCCCACUGUGAAGAGUUUCAUCCUGAAGGCAGCUCUCAGUGGAGCCUUUAGAUAUUGAAAAUGAGUCAAACAAAGCAACUUUUUUCAUGUGGGGCUUGAAUGUGAUUACUUGUGAUCUAUAUCUGGUGAUCUACACCUUGCUUUCUCUCUAGGCUGGUUAAUGAAUAUAUGGGUUCAUCCCAGGAUAGCUUUGCUUCGAGUGAAAUCCACAACCUAUGCAUGGAACUAGUCCAAGUUGAGUCCUUCAGUCAUCAAUUGGCUUCCAGUGAAAUUCCGUUCCUCUCAAUAUUUUUUAUCUAUGUGAGCUUGCACCAUUGUUUACAGUGAUUUAAUUUCUCCUGGAUUUCAUGUUUUCUGGUCAUGUAAAUAUAAUGAAC